GUGCUUAUAGAUGUGCCGAACGAUAAAGAAAUUGAUCCCUUAUGUUAAAAGGAUAAAUACGCGACAUUAAUUGUCUGUGAACAACGAGUCGGUGAUCAUCUCAACGUUUAAAUCAAGAAUUCGUAUACAAAUAAACAAACUUUUCUAACUUUUUUUUAAUUAUUUUAAUAGAAAAAAUAUUUUUUCUUAAAUAAUUAAACAAAAAUGUGUGUUUUAUAAUUUAUCAAUAACAAACAUUAUUGAAAAUUAUGUAGUUUUUAUAAUUCAGUGAUGAAAUUUAUCGACAGUGUAGUUUUAGUAUUUAUUUAAAUCAUGAAAGAAAUCGGCUCAAGAUGCAAGUACGAAAAAGAUCAACUUUCUUUAACUGACUUUAAUGGUUUUAAUAACGACAAUAUAAAUGAUAUAAGUAAAAAAUUUUAAUAUACUUAAAAUUAGUGUUUAGAUUCAGUGUUUUUUGUGUGUAAAAUAUUUGAUUGUUUAAAAAAAAAUUGAAGAUUAAAUUUGAAAAUCAAUGGGUAAUGAAACAUCAAUUGUUUCCGAUUACAGAACAAUUAAAAUAAACCCAAUAAGUAAUGGGCCGUCAAAAAAUUUAUUUCCUCAUAAUCGCAUCUCAUCAAAUAGGUACACAUUGUGGAAUUUUAUACCAAAAAAUCUUUACGAACAAUUUAGAAGGUUAACGAAUUUUUAUUUUUUAACGACAAUUAUUAUUUCAUUAUUGAUCGAUUCACCAAUUUCACCUUGGACCAGUGCUUUACCAUUGUCAUUUGUUAUUUUUGUUACGGCCUGUAAACAAGGAUAUGAAGAUUUUCUUCGUUACAAAUCAGAUCAACGGGUCAAUUUAUCAUUUAUUGAAGCUGUUCGAAAUAAUUGUGUUCAGAAAAUUUACUGCCAAGAAAUAAUUGUAGGGGAUUUAUUGAAAAUUAAUCGAAAUGAAGAUGUUCCAUGCGAUAUGGUUCUUUUACAUAGCAGUGAAACAUCUGGUUGUUGUUACAUUACAACGUCCAAUCUCGACGGAGAAAGUAAUUUAAAGACUUUAUAUGUUCCUAAAAUUCUGUCUUCUUGGGACAUGUCGGAAAUUGUUGCCUUGAAUGCAGUAAUAACUUGUCAGCAUCCACAAGCCGAUCUAUAUUCCUUUCAUGGCAAGAUCAAGGUUAAUAUAGGUAGUGAGACAAUGAAUAGAUCACUUACAAUAGACAAUGUUCUUCUACGAGGAUCAAGACUUAAGGACACCGAUUACGUAAUCGGUUGUAGUAUUUAUACCGGUCAGGAUACAAAAUUGUCUCUUAACUCGAAACAAAUAGUAAAUAAAUUUUCCACAGCUGAGAAGUCCAUAAACAGAUAUCUAAUGGUAUUUAUCGCACUUUUGAUACUUACAUCUCUCAUCUCUGUUAUAAUGCAACAAGUAUUUAAAUUUAAUUCCAAAUGGAAGGCUUAUUUGGGAGAAACUAAAUCAGAAAAAUUUUACCACAUCCUAAUCAGCAUGCUUAAUUUUAUGCUGUUAUUUAAUUACAUUGUACCGAUAUCACUGUACGUUACUGUAGAAAUGCAAAAGUUUCUUGGUUCUAUUUUUUUCACAUGGGAUCUCGAUAUGUACGAUGAAGCUAGUGAUGAAGCAGCUCUAUCCAAUACGUCAGAUUUAAAUGAAGAGCUUGGUCAGGUGGAAUAUUUGUUUACUGAUAAAACUGGAACAUUAACUGAAAAUUUAAUGGUAUUCAAGCGCUGUUUUGUAAAUGGAAAAAUAUAUAUGGAAAAAGACUGUGAUGGAUAUCUCUACCUCUUACCACAAAAUGGAAACGAAGAAGAAGCAGUGAAGCUUACAUCUUGGCAUUCGUCGCUAUGGCACUUUUGGUUAAGUAUUUCCCUUUGUCAUACGGUUCACAUAGCGCCACCAAGUCAAACAGCAAAUGCAAUUAAAUUGCGAACCGAAUAUCGUGAUAGUUUUAAGAAGAGGAAAAUAACAAGAGUUAAUAGCUCUCUUCUUAUGCAUCCAUCAUUACCAGAAUAUCAGGCAGCUUCAGCUGAUGAGAGGGCUUUGGUGGAAGCAAGCGCAAGAUGUGGAAUAGUUUUCUUAUCGGAUCUUAAUGAUAAAAUAGAAAUUAAAGCCAAGGAUCAGAGACUUAUUUUUAAAAGACUAGAAACCCUUGAGUUUACUUCAGAGAGAAAAAGAAUGUCUGUAAUUGUACAAGAUUCUUCAAACGAUAUAUGGCUUUAUUGUAAAGGAGCGGAUUCUUCAAUUUUACCUCUUAUUGUUGAAACAGACAUUGAUGAAGUAUCUGCUCAAGUUUCUGACUUUUCGAUGAGAGGUUUUCGAACACUUGUAAUUGGUUAUAAAAAGUUGGAUAGUUUAGAUUAUGAGAAAUUCAUGAGGAAUGUGGAAAAUGCACGAGAAAAAAUUGGCGAUACUAGAGAACAUGAUAUAUCUGAAGCAUAUGAAUGUUUUGAAAAAGGUCUGACACUUUUAGGUGUUACUGCAGUCGAAGAUCGCCUACAAGAUGACGUUCCGCAAACUAUGGAAAGUUUGAAAGCUGCUCAUAUAAAAAUUUGGGUCUUGACAGGAGAUAAGGCAGAAACUGCUGAAAAUAUUGCUUUUCAUUCUGGACAUUUUAAGAAAGGAACCGACGUCUUAAGGCUUAUGAAUGAAAGUUCUGUACAAACUUGUUUUGCCACACUUAUCCAUAUUGAAAGAAAAAUUAAAUUAGAACCUCUUGCCAAUUAUGGUUUGCUAAUGGAUGGAUGUAGUAUGGCUUUUGCAAUUACUUAUUUUCCAAGUUUACUUCGGAAUGUAAGUCAAAGUUGUGAAGCUGUUGUUUGCUGUAGAAUGUCUCCUUUGCAAAAAAGUGAGAUUGUUCAUCUAAUAAAACAUUCUAAAGGAAAACCUAUUACAGCAGCAAUAGGCGAUGGAGGAAAUGAUGUUUCAAUGAUAAAAGAAGCUCAUAUUGGUAUAGGUAUCAUGGGUAAAGAAGGCCGUCAAGCAACAAUGAGCUCAGAUUUUGCAUUUGCCAAAUUUAAGUUUUUAAGAAAAGCUUUACUAGUUCAUGGCCAUUGGUAUUAUAUUCGAAUUAGUAAUUUAAUACAGUAUUUUUUCUACAAAAAUAUAGUCUUCGUAGCACCACAAUUUUUAUUUGAGAUUCAUAAUGGUUUUUCCGAGCAGGCAUUGUAUCAUAGUUUCUUUAUGAUGUGCUACAAUGUUAUAUUCACAUCUCUUCCAGUUUUAAUGUACGGUUUACUGGAACAAAAUUAUCCUGCCAAAAUACUUUUACGAUCUCCUCAAUUAUAUCUUCUUCAUAGGAAAAACAGUUUAUUAUCAUCUCGACAAUUUGUGAUUUGGUUUUUAACAGGAAUUUGGCAAGGCUGUGCAAUCUAUUUUUUAUGCUAUUUUUACUGGAUAAUAAAUCCAAUAAUUUUAUACGACAGUACUACCGCAGAUCAUUGGACUUUUAGUACUUGUAUUUUUCACAUAGUUGUUUUAACAACAAAUAUUCAAAUUUUAUUACACAGUUAUUAUUGGACUACGCUUUUUGUAUUCAGUGUAAUAAUAUCGGAAGCAGUAUUUUUUGUUGCUGCUUUUUCUUAUUGUUCAGUAUUUUUCAACCAUGACGGAAAGGUUUAUUGGGUGUUUCACAAAUUAACAUUGUCUCCAACAUUUUGGUUAUUGACACUAUUAGCUCUUGUAAUCUGUUUAUUACCAGAUAUUUUAAUAAUGGUUUGCAAUACUUAUAGACCUUUAAAAUUAAAGCCUAAAUUUAAUCAUAGUAAUGAAGCGAGAGUAAAUGAUGGAUUUGUAUCAUCUACAACAGAUAUACCAUUGCAGACAAGACAUAAUAAUUUUAACCUAAUGGCAAAAUGGAAAGGAAGUUUUUCAGUCAACAACGGUGUCUGAUAUAUGUAUGUACAAUGGAACAUAAGAUGUUCAAAUGAAAUUUUACUACCAUAAAGUUCUAAUGUAUAUUAUACGUGUCUAGUCUUCGAGAGUUGUAAACGCAAUAAUGUGUCAUGCAUUUGUCAGUGCAGUGAAAAAAGUAAUUAGAUUCUAGUCCAUGUGGUAUUUUGUGAUAAUAUUUUACUGCUACAAAGCUAUUAAUGUUAGUAUAUCGCCGGGGAGGCAAUAAAAAUUGUUGUUUCAAAGUGUAAUCAAGUUUAGUGUAGAACAACCGGAC